UGAACUAUUCCAUGUGAAAAUGUCAUAUUGCAAACUCGACCGACCAUACCAACGGACAGGAAUUUGCAUUGGAGUUCUUAAUUUAUUUCACUACUUGGAACUAUGGAGCCUGAAGUAACGCAUUUUGGUGGAUGUCACUGCGGAGCAGUCCGAUUUCAAGUCGUGGCACCGGCUGUUCUCAAAGUCGUCAUUUGCAAUUGCAGUAUUUGUCACAUGAAACAAAACAAGCACUUCAUCGUACCGAAGUCCAAGUUUACUCUAUGCAAGGGCGAAGACCAGUUGACGACGUACACUUUCAAUACCCACGUGGCCAAACACACCUUCUGCAGAAUAUGCGGGAUCCAGAGUUUCUACACACCAAGGUCGAAUCCAGAUGGCGUCGGCAUCACCCCACACUGCCUCGACAGUGGCACCGUCAAGAGGGAAGACAUCGAAUCAUUCGACGGCCAGAACUGGGAGAUGGCCAUGAAGGAGAGGAAAGAUCUAGUCAAUCGCUCGAAGACAGACUGAGGAGGAGGAGACGAGGACAUCCACGCAGAGAAGGCAGACCCAGAAAGCAAACACCAGAGGGCUCUGGUCAUUCAAAGACCAGCCCGUACACUUAUAUUGUUCUUACAUUUCAUGUCAAUCUGCAUUUUGUACAGUGUUGUGGAAGUAUUUACUGGCAGUGGUCUUCAAACAGAAAGGCAAAGACACAUGUGACGUAGACUCAUUUAAGAUCUUUAAUGCCAUAAAUAAAUAUGUACAA